UCCAUCUGUUUCAAUUAGAAAAAAUAUAUUACUACAGGUUUACAACAAAAUUAAAAAAAUUAAACACUCUCUCUUUUUAGUAUUUUUUUGGAUAUAAGCGAAAAAGUGAAGACAUCGUCGUUUCCUUUUUACAAUCGUCUGUAGAUCCCAUGUCUCUCCGACAAACACUUUCAGAAAAAGCUUCAGUCAUCUAAAGAAGAAAAUAAUAAUUCUUUUUUUUUUAUUUUCAUUUUGAUUUUAUCCAACUUCAAAUGGUGUAAUGAGAGAUUUAAAAUCCUACUUUCUGUUUGGGGGGAAAAGAGAGAGAUAGGCUUACUCUUCAAUGGGUCUUUGCACUUCCAAACCCUUCCCAAACCCUUUGUCUUCUCCUAAAUCUGAUUCCAGAACGACGCCUAUCCAUCCCCAGAAUAACGAUAUCCGUCGUAACUCUAACUCUAUUCCAGCUUCGCCCUUACCAGAUGUAGUAAACGGUAAACAAAACCGGAAUCCUAAGGAAGAUCAAGGUAAAGAAGAAGAAGAAGAAGAAGAGGAGAAGAGAAGCUCAAAUUCCAACAAUGAAGGAAAGAAAUCGCCCUUUUUUCCGUUUUAUAGUCCGAGUCCAGCUCAUUUCUUGUUCUCCAAGAAGUCUCCGGCUAGAUCUUCGGCCAAUUCGACUCCGAAAAGGUUUUUCAGGAGGCCGUUCCCUCCGCCGUCGCCGGCGAAGCAUAUUAAGGCAGUGCUUGCGCGGCGGCACGGGUCCGUGAAGCCAAAUGAGGCCUCCAUACCGGAAGGAAGCGAGUUGGAGCCGGCUGACGCCACGGGAGCGGCCUGUACUGGACUCGAUAAGAGCUUCGGGUUCUCGAAGCACUUCGGGAGCAAGUAUGAGCUCGGAGAGGAGGUAGGGAGAGGCCAUUUCGGUUAUACUUGUGCGGCGAAGUUUAAGAAAGGAGAGCUUAAAGGACAGCAAGUUGCCGUUAAAGUUGUACCUAAAGCGAAGAUGACCACAGCAAUUGCCAUUGAGGAUGUUAGAAGGGAGGUAAAAAUAUUAAGAGCUCUGUCUGGACAUAACAAUUUAGUACAAUUCUACGAUGCAUAUGAGGACCGUGAUAAUGUCUACAUAGUAAUGGAAUUAUGUGAAGGAGGGGAGCUCUUGGAAAGAAUUCUUUCAAGGGGUGGAAAAUACACCGAGGAUGAUGCAAAAGCUGUGAUGAUUCAGAUACUUAAUGUUGUUGCCUUUUGCCAUCUCCAGGGUGUUGUGCAUCGGGAUCUUAAACCUGAGAAUUUCUUGUUUAUGUCAAAGGAUGAAAAUUCGCAAUUGAAGGCCAUAGAUUUUGGCUUGUCAGAUUUUGUGAAACCAGAUGAAAGGCUUAAUGACAUUGUUGGUAGCGCGUACUAUGUAGCACCAGAAGUUCUACAUAGGUCUUACAGUACAGAAGCAGAUGUCUGGAGUAUUGGUGUGAUUGCUUAUAUUCUGUUGUGUGGUAGUCGUCCAUUUUGGGCCCGGACAGAGUCUGGGAUUUUUCGAUCUGUUUUAAAAGCUGAUCCAAUUUUUGAUGAAGCGCCUUGGCCGACUCUAUCUUCUGAGGCUAGGGAUUUUGUGAAACGUUUACUGAAUAAGGACCCAAGGAAAAGAUUGACUGCAGCCCAAGCCUUGAGUCAUCCCUGGAUAAAAAAUUAUAACAACAUUAAAGUGCCCUUGGAUAUACUGAUAUUCAAACUCAUGAAGGCUUACCUGCGCUCUUCAUCUCUUCGGAAAGCUGCAUUGAGGGCUCUGUCUAAAACUUUGACUGUGGAUGAGCUAUUUUACUUGAAGGAGCAGUUUGUGCUGUUGGAGCCAAACAAAAAUGGCACUAUAAGCUUAGAGAAUAUUAAAGUGGCUCUGGUGAAAAAUGCAACAGAUGCUAUGAAGGAUUCUCGCAUCCCUGAAUUUCUAGCAUCACUAAAUGCACUUCAAUACAGAAGGAUGGACUUUGAUGAAUUCUGUGCAGCUGCAUUAAGUGUACAUCAGCUGGAGGCUCUUGAUCGGUGGGAACAGCAUGCUCGUUGUGCUUAUGAACUUUUUGAGAAGGAUGGAAACAAAGCUAUUUUCAUUGAAGAGCUAGCUUCGGAACUUGGACUGGGUCCAUCCGUUCCUGUUCACUCUGUCCUUCAUGACUGGAUUAGACACACUGAUGGGAAGCUGAGUUUUCUUGGAUUUGUCAAAUUAUUGCACGGUGUAUCGAGCCGAACCCUUGCAAAAGCUCAAUAGAAGUUGUAAAACUUCCGUAAGAGCUCCGAAAAUGGCAUCUUUCCUGAGCUGUUGUGCCUAAUAAAUGAAUCAGGUGAGGUCUUUGCCAGCCUGAACAUGAUAUGAUAAAGGGAAUUUUGCCACCGCAAUCAACGCCCCCCAAUCACUUUGGUUUUGGCUAUUUCAUUUGUCUCUGUCACAAGCUUAUA